ACGCGGCCAAAAUGGCGGAUCGCGUGAACUCUGUGCUAGAAUACUUUUCAUCCUUGUGAAAAAACAGGUGGAAAAUGCUUCUCGGAGAUAUUAUAAAUGGAAAAGAAAAUUCUCAUCUUGUUCUCAUUCAUGAUGAUGUGAAUCGAAAUGGUAAGCCCCUGCUCUGUUGUUUUGUGAAGUCGCUACUGGAGAGGGCUGACUAUGUGCAUGUAAUACUCUGGGAUGUACCACCACAGCAGUUUGUUGAUUCAUUUGACCCACACUUGAAAGAAAGAAUUUAUUGCUAUGAUGGCUUUUCAGAUCCUCUUGGAUGGAAUCUUACAAGAACUGAUCAUCAAGACAGUCAUAUGACUAUUAUCCACCAGGACUCUAACAUCGCUCAAGUGGUGAAAAGUAACAUAGCUCAUUGCUGUGCACAAAAUACUGCAACAAAGUCUGGUGAUGUCGUUAAGGUAGCUGUUGUAUUCAAUUCAUUGAGUAGGCUUUUACUGUGGAAAUCUUCGGCAAUGGUGUGCACACUACUAAAUCAACUGUACUCCAACUCAUCACACUCACAGGAAGGUUAUCAAGUGGUUCAAGUUGUUGCUUUAGUGCAUUCUGAUCUUCACGAUGACCAGACAUUAAAUACUAUCAAUUUCUUGGCUUCAUCACUUCUUUGGAUUACACUGGACAAGGAAGAGAAAGAUCAGUCAGUGAACUGGUGCAAGGUUCUUCACAAGAGGAAAACUGGAAAAGUGAUAAAGAAGUUUGAAAGCUUUGCCAUUAAUGAUAAACAUGUACUGACUGAAUACGAGGAAAAGGAUUGGAAUGGUUCUUCUUCAAAAGCUGUCAGUGAAUCUGUUAAUGAGGUUGAUCCAACUAAAAAUCUCACAUUCAGUCUGACGCUGACAGAUAAUGAGCGCCAAGCUCGAUCUAAACUGAAACUUCCCUACAUGCACCACGAAGAGGAGAGAAGCGAGGUCACUGUAAACCCUGUGGGUGAAGGAAAAGUGUUCUACCAACCUGAUGAAGCAGAUGACUUUGAUGAAGAUGAUCCUGAUGAAGACUUAAAUAUCUGACUUAUUUGUGUAAAAAUAGAGGAAAAACUAUCAAUAAUGUACAGUUUUAUUGAAAAUUUUACCUGUUUCAGUUUAGCCUGCAGUGCAGGUGUCUUAUCAGGGUGAAUCUAUGUUGUCAAUAAUUUCUAUUGCCCUACCCCUCCCCUCCCCUUUAUUUUGA